GUUGCAUCUGGUGGCUGAAGCGGCGGGACCCCGGUGGAAGCCAUGGGGGCGUAUCUGAGCACUUUGGGAAGAGUUGCGCUCUCUCCAGUAUACUUUGUGAUCAGCGUGAUCAUGAGAAUUUUCUCUAAGCCUCUGCCUCCCAUUACCCUGGAGAAUCCAGAUGUGAAAUAUGCUCUGCGACUGAUUGACAAAGAGGAGAUUAGUCAUGACACAAGAAAAUUCCGUUUUGCCUUACCAUCCCCAGAACACAUUCUAGGCCUUCCUGUUGGGCAGCACAUCUACCUCUCAGCAAGAAUUGAUGGGAAUCUGGUGAUCAGGCCCUACACACCAGUCACCAGCGAUGAUGACAAAGGUUAUGUGGAUCUUGUUGUGAAGAUAUAUUUCAAAGGAGUUCACCCAAAAUUCCCUGAAGGAGGGAAGAUGUCUCAGUACUUGGAAAACCUAAAAAUAAAUGACACGAUUGAGUUUCGUGGACCCAGUGGACUGCUUGUCUACCAGGGGAAAGGCGUAUUUGCUAUUCGUCCUGAAAAGAAAUCUGAACCGGUUCUUAAACAUGUCAAAUAUGUGGGGAUGAUAGCAGGUGGAACAGGAAUUACCCCCAUGUUGCAGCUCAUUCGGGCUAUCAUGAAGGAUGAAGAGGAUCCCACCAUUUGUCAUUUACUCUUUGCUAACCAGACUGAGAAUGACAUCCUGCUACGCCCAGAACUUGAGGAAGUGCAGGCUCAACAUUCAAACCGUUUUAAACUGUGGUACACGUUGGAUAGAGCACCUGAAAGUUGGGAUUACAGCCAAGGAUUUGUGAGUGAAGACAUGAUCAGGGACCACAUGCCCCCACCACAAGACGACGUUCUCAUCCUGAUGUGUGGCCCCCCUCCAAUGAUUCAGUAUGCUUGCAUUCCCAAUCUGGAUAAAUUGGGAUAUUCCAAAGAGAUGAGAUUUGCGUACUAAAGGGGAAUGGAGGCACGAUAAAAUCAGAAUGUGUAAGUGGGGAAAAGAAUGGAUGGGACAACAGGGAACAAGACUAAAGGCAGAAACAGUGCCUGAGGCAUAGAGGUGUGAAGCUGCAUUCAGAGAGACUGCCAAACUCUCUAUACAAGUUUGGUGUCUUCUUAUUAGUGACACGCUGAAAAUUCUGUAAUGGAUAUCUGUGUUGUAUAUGGUAUCUUUAGCUUCGCUAUGCUUAACAAAUCUGUUGUAAGGCCACUGGAUUAACUCUUUCACAAUAGAUAGGCAAAAUGUAGCCGGCCUCUUGCAUCACCAAAGAGUUUCUUGCCGAUAUAGCACGCGUGCGUGAUGUGCAACUGUCAAGCACGCUUAUGUGAAGGAAGAGUUUUCUUGUCACGAAGAUAUACAAUGAGCAGUUUAAGCAUAGCUGUAUUAAAUACACACUGAUCAAUAA